AUGUCAGACCAUCAUAUCGAACUUCCACCUUCUUUUUCAUCCAAACAGAUGACUUCUUGGCGACCUCAACAAGAGGGGAAGCUGGCUCUCCUCCCUGUUGAAGUUCUGCUCAACAUCACAGGUGAACCUGGGAAGGAUGAGCAGACCCUAUCGCAUAAGGACUUCAAGAACUUGGAAUUAAGCUGUGGAGUGUUCUUUCGCGAGCUUCGCCAAGCAUAUUAUUGUACCGACAACUUCGCCGUCUUUCACUCUGCCCUCAGGUGUGUAGAUAUGGAAGCAAUAGAGCGAUGCUACCAAUUGGCAAGGCCCCCCAUUCAUCUAGAAUGGAAGGUCUCCUGCCAAUGCCCCGCUGAUAAGCCUCACAAACACCACAGGCCCAUUGACGAUGUACUCGAAUGUCUUGCUAUUGGCUCCGUGCCUACUGAUAGAUGUAUCGAAGCGAUCAGCUGGUUAUUGAGCAAGGGCUACGAGGCAAACGAACAGAAGGAUCAAAUUUGGUAUCGGAAUAAUCGUCACUGUGAUCAUAUGCCUGAGCUUCUAAUUGAUCUCUUGGGCAAAACUUCUGACAAGGUUCGUGUAGAGGGGAUCUGUGAGAUAAUCUCGAUGCUACGCAACCAUGGAUACUCUCUGCCCUUCCACAUGAACCUUCACAAGUACUACAUCUCAUGGUAUGACCAAAAGAGCAAGCCAGGCCUGAUACUGAGAAGCUGGGUGGGUAUGUGGCACUACGUUCUGCCACACUGGCGUCAGAGCACAAACUUUGGCAAUGUGCUCUGGGGACUGUUCCUCGACAUCGCGGACCCAUUGACUAGCUGGAAGGAAUCAUACCAGGGCGAGGCUGUGGACAUAUUUGAGAAAAAGAUGCAGCUCCUGAUUGACUACCAGUUAGUCGAAUUGAAGGAGGUGAAAGUCUUGCGACGACUUGUCAGAGUCUUGCGAGAGAAUCCCCCGAAUUUCGACCUCAUCGACGAAGAUCACGACGGGAAGGAAUACUGGGAAAAGUUAUGCGCCACCCUUGGCCUCUUACGAAAAAUGGCCCCUACACGAGGAAGACUCCACCGUUUCAUCAUUGAGGCUGAAUGGAAUCCGUGGACAGUGUGGCACGACUACAAGAUGCAAGAUCCCAAGCACAGGGCUAAUCUAUCACAUCCUUGGAUGAAGUGUUACGGGUGGAGCUUGAUUCGGAGGAGAAAUGGAAUGUGGUAUGACCCUGGGUGGUAUAUGAGGGCUGAACACGAUCGUGGCAAUGGGGUCAAACGCUACAAACACUCACUGCCAAAAUGGAACCUGGUGAACUACGAUGAGUUUGUGGCCGCUGUUGAGGGACCGUCGUUGAAGGACAAGACGUCACAGGCUUUACCGUCCACGAGUCAGGACUCUACGGUGCCAAACCCUCUGUUGUCUCAUCAGUAG